AUGUACAAGACCUGGAUUCUAACUUUUCUUCUCCUCCUCUUCCUUCUUCAUUCAAAUGUAAAUGCUGUUGGUGUUGGUGUUGGUGUUGGAGGUAUUGGUGUAGGUAUUGGUAUUGGUAAUGGUAAUGGGGGUGCUACCCCACGACCCUCAGGAUCACCAGUGUCAAAGCUGAAAAAUGCUUACAUAGCUCUGCAAGCAUGGAAAUCCGCAAUCACUGAUGACCCAUUGAAGAUUUUAAGCAAUUGGGUUGGUCCUGAAGUGUGUUCUUACAAAGGAGUCUUCUGUUCAAUUCCUCAAGAUGAAGAUGGAAUUGCUACAUCAGGUCCAACUCAUUCUCUUGUUGUUGCAGGAAUAGAUCUCAACCAUGCAAAUCUCCAAGGAACUCUUGUCAAAGACCUCUCUUUACUUACUGAUAUCACUCUUCUCCACCUCAACAGUAACAGGUUUUCUGGUACUGUUCCUGACACAUUCAGAGACCUCAUUUCCCUGCAAGAGUUAGACCUCAGCAAUAACCAACUUUCAGGUCCUUUUCCCAUUGUUGCUUUAUCCAUGCCAAGCCUUGUCUACCUGGACCUCAGAUUCAACAGCUUCUCCGGGUCACUUCCUGAAGAACUCUUCAACAAGAAACUGGAUGCAAUAUUUCUCAACAACAACCAAUUUGAAGGUGAAAUCCCACAGAACUUGGGUAACUCACCAGCAUCAGUGAUAAACUUGGCUAACAACAAGUUAAGUGGAAGCAUCCCAUUUAGCUUUGGCUUCAUGAGUUCUAAACUAAAGGAGAUUCUCUUCCUCAAUAACCAGUUAACAGGUUGCAUUCCUGAGGGAGUGGGAAUCUUCACUGAGAUGCAAGUUCUUGAUGUGAGCUUUAACUCACUCAUGGGUCAUUUGCCAGACACAAUGUCUUGCUUGCAAGACAUAGAGGUCCUCAAUUUGGCACACAACAAUCUUUCUGGGGAGUUAUCUGAUGUGAUAUGCUCUUUGAGAAGCCUAGUGAAUCUAAGUGUUGCUUUCAAUUUCUUCUCUGGGCUUAGCCAACAAUGUUCAAAGCUUUUCAAUUUCAAUGUGGGGUUUGAUUUCUCAGACAAUUGUAUUCCUGGAAAGGACAUGCAGAGACCUGAACCAGAAUGUUCUACGAUCCCUGGUGGUAGUUUGAAUUGUCUUAGAAUUCCUACUCCAAAGCCUCUUGUUUGUGGUACACUUGCUGCAAGUUUGUCUAAGCACACAAAUCCACCUUUCUCAUAUCCCUGA